CUCAGGGGGCGCCACCUCCACGCACUCGCAGUCGACGCGGCCCCUCCCCGGGGACGCGGCCCCUCCCCGGGGUCACGUCAUCGAAACGUCUCCCCCCGUAUCGCCCGUGCUUCGAAGGACCCUUGCCCGAAACGUCGUUUAUACAUCCCCCUCCCCUAGUAAGGCAGUGUGAUUGACGAGCGCGUUGAGUGUUGUUGUUGCUUGUGCUUGCACACGCGGCUCUCGGUACCCUUACCCAACGUGGCCGCCCGAUUGCCUCGCACGCCGCCACGACGAGCCGGGCGGCCUUCCCGUCCACGCCGGCGGGGACAGCGGCGGCGGCUGGAGCAGAGCCCCGGUGAAGGAGACGACGUGGAGGAGAAAUGAGGAGUUGAAUCCCUAGUCCAGAGCACCGCCACCACCCCCGCAGCCUCGCCUCGUCCCACCCGUGACUCAUGCGGCUUGGCUGCGCCCUGGAUGCGGCAGGCGCUGGUGUCACUGCGCUGGUGUCUGCACCUCGGCGCGUUCCUUCGUCCACCGCCGCCGCCGUUGUUGCUACGAGGACACGCGGCGGUCCGCAUGGCCACGCCGGGCUCCGCAACUCUCGCCCCUUCUCCUCCUCCUCCCCACACCUCCACCCCGCAUCCCGCUCCUGACUGUGGCGCGGUCGCUAUGGAGAAGAACGGGGAAGCACGCGGCCCCGAGGGGAAACGGGACAGCCAGGGCCCCCAGGAAAAGGGGGUCUCGCGGGGUCUUCACGCCAAGGGGCACGGCAGGGCCCCGGUCUCCCUCCUCCUCCUGCAGGAGGAACAGAGUGGAAGGGGCCCCGAAGCUAACGGGGAGGCGGCGCCGGGCCCCGCGGAGAACGGCGACAGUAGCCAGGGUGUGCAGCAGCAGCAGGAGCAGCAGAAGAAGAAAGGGGAUCCGGUGGACUCCGAGGGAUCGUCUGUGGCGAAGCGGGGCCCGGAGCCCGCGGAGCAGCUAGCCAAGAGGGCCCGGCUCGAGGCCCCCGAGGGAGGCGAGGGGGGCGACCCCUUGGGGGAGCCGCGGGGCCCCGGCGAGGCGAGGAAGAAGUUCCCCAAGAAGAAGGUGGCGCUGCUCGUGGCCUACUCGGGCAAGGGCUACCACGGCAUGCAGCGAAACGCAGGGAACGCGGCGUACCGCACCAUCGAGGACGAGCUGGUGGAGGCGCUGGUGCGGGCCGGGUGCAUCCCCGACAACCACGCGGCCGACAUGCGCAAGAUGUCCUUCCAGCGCUGUGCGCGCACGGACAAGGGUGUUUCAGCCAUUGGGCAGGUGGUGUCCCUGAAAAUGUGGCUCAUCGACGAUGUUGUGAACAAGAUCAACGCCCACUUGCCCCAGCAGAUCCGCAUCAUGGGCAUGCAGAGGGUUACGAACGGAUUCAACUCGAAGCAGCUUUGCGAUGCACGCACCUACAUCUACCUCCUGCCCAGCUUCACGUUUGGGCCCAAGGGGCAGGGCGAGUGGGACGGGGAGGGGGAGCGGGACACGGCGUGGGAGGAGAGCUUCCGGCUGCCGGAGGAGACGCUGUCGCACGUGAACGCGCUCCUGCGGCGCUACGUGGGAACUCACAACUUCCACAACUUCACGUCGGGCAAGGGCGCACAGGAGGCGAGCGCACGGCGCUACGUGACAGAGGCGUACUGCCAGCCGCCGUCGCUGCAACAGGGGAUCGAGUUUGCGCUCAUCCGAAUCAGAGGCCAGAGCUUCAUGCUGCACCAGAUCCGCAAGAUGGUGGGGCUGGUGGUGGCGGUGGCGCGGGGCCACGCCGGCGACCAGCGCAUGCAGGACGCCUUCGGCAACGACAAGCUGGACGUACCGAAAGCGCCGGGGCUCGGGCUGGUGCUCGAGCGCGUGCACUACGACCGCUACGAUUCGCGCUACGCGGGCGACGGCGUGCACGCGGCGCUCGCGUGGCCCGAGCUGGCGCCGGCGCUGGCCGAGUUCGCCGAGCGGCACGUGUACGCGGGGAUCGAGGCGGCGGAGCGCGAGGAGGGCAGCAUGCGGCGCUGGCUCGGCACGCUGGACAAGCACGACUUCACGAGCAGCCUCGCGCGCGCCGUACACAGCCAGGUGAAAAGAGAAGAUUCGGACAGCAACAGCGAAUCGGAGUGAAGCCGUGUUCGCCCGGACGAGGCUGGAAGAUUUCAAAAAGGCAUCCCAUUGUGGACGUUCCGAUCUCACUGACGAGACGUGGAGUCAUCAGCGCCGGCAUCAUGCUCCCUUUUUAAUUUUUCACAGCUGAGUGGGGAGCUGAGUGUUGCCGUGACAGUUUCUCAAAGGAUUAAAUGCUCAGAGCGUUUGUAAAAACACCUCGGCCCCUGUGGAUUAUUAUUUUUGUAAAUUUGCGCUGCGUUGCUGCCGCAUUAGUCUGGAGCGGCGUUUUUUUUUUUGUUGAAAUUCCGGUUGCAUUUGUAUUUGAUCCUCCAGGGUUAAUAUUAAAUGCACUUAUUCCUAAAAAAAAAAACA